UCUCCGUCACUGUCGUCAACGCGAUGUGAAAUGUGUGUCGUGUGCUGGCAUUCUCGAUCACGUACUCGUCGAAUUCGAUCCGUAGUGAAUGAAUCAAAAUAUCGGAACUGCGCGUGGUGAACGAAAAUUCUGGUAUUUCGCAGGACGCUGAUGCCUUACUUGGUUUACUUCGCAAUAGACGACAAUGAGAGUGAAAACCGUGCCGAGACAGAGAGUAAUUCAAGACAACAGAAACAUCGAAUCACAGUCGGAAACUUCUAGUGUAAAGUCUGAAAGCACGAGACAAUCUUCAAACAACGACACGAAAGAUAUGUCGGAAGCUGGCAAAGAUGAGUUACAAGGAUCGAACGAAGAUGCGAUUGAUUUAAAUGGGAAUAAAAUAAAAUCAGAAGAUCGAUCGAAAUCAGUAGCGAAGAAGGACAAGGAGACCUUGAAAUAUUCGGAGGAAGUAUUAGAUAUGUCGAUUAAACUGAAGGGCGAAACCUCUGCGGAAGGAGAUUCAGUUCUUCUUAGUUUGAUAGCUGGUCCAAGCUGCAAGUAUUCAAAUUCGCAGUCAAACGAGGAUGUAAAGGAAUCUGUUAGUAACGACGACAAUAACAAUAUACUACUUCCGAAGACAGAUCUGGAAAAUUCCUCGGCGGCUGGUUCCUCGAGCAUAGAAGAUUCAGGCCCAUGCGAAAACGAAUUAACCACGCAGACCACCGACGAUUCGGAUAAACCAUCAGAAGCUCUUAAUUUGUGUAAACGGGAUUGUCAGGACGAAGAUGAUUCGAAUCACGGUGUAGGUUCCGAUGAGAAAUUAAAGGACACUUUCCUUUACAAGAUCAUGACAGAUCCAACGUUCUUAGAGAACAUACAGAAGCACAAGCAAACGAAACGAUAUACGUGUCCGUACUGUAAACAAGAAUUUAAUAACAGCGAUGAACAGGCCGACCACAUGGAUGCGAAGAAAGACGAAUCGAAUCAGGUGGUUUGCUGCGCGUGCAAAAAGACUUUCGCGCAGAAACGAUACCUAAGGUACCAUCAGAGGUGUCACUCGGAGCGGACCAUGUUCACCUGUGAUAUUUGCACGAAGAAGUACACCAGAAUAGACAAUUUGUCGAGACACAACGCGUUUCAUGUGAAUCCAGACAAAUUCUCAUGCAACUACUGCGAGAAAACGUUCGCGAGGAAAGAUCUGCUGAACAAGCAUUUGAAGUGUCACGACAACAAGUAUCGCUUCUUCUGCGAGAUAUGUCAGAGAUAUUUCAAAGGGCCGCUCUCGUUGGAAAACCACAAAAAGAAUUUUCACUCUAAGGCUACAUAAGUACGUGGUUUUUAAGCAUAUUUAUAACUGUAUUAUAGCUAUAAACUGUAGCAUAUCAGUGAGAGAUUAAAAUCUUAACUAGUCGCUAAUUAAAAUGACUCAAUAUAAAACCUGUAUAUCAUAGUCGAUAUAUCAAAUUAGAUGCAGAGUGAAUAAAUGUUAGGUAAGGAGCAUUGUAUAGAAAAUAAAUUAAAAGAGUACUA